ACACUGCUGUUCUAUCAAGAUUCAAGAUUCCUGGGGCGGACGAAAGAAGACCCUGACCACGAUCCCAGCACCAAGACCAAAAUAUCUGGAAACUUGUCAAGUUCACUCAAAUUUGCCUCCUUUGUCUGUGCACGGACGGAGGUGGCGGUGCCCCUGAAACAUACACUGGUGGAUAUUCAGUCGCUGAUCAAUAAAGUGCUGCAGUCGCUGAUCGUUUUUUAAGCUAAUGAGCCGUGAAGCACCAAUCGCUGCGCACUAUCAGAGUCGCUGGCUUCUGAUAGCUACUGGAGACAGUAGCGGCCGAGAGCUUCUGGAGACGAGAGCUGCUGGAGCCACAUAUUGCUGACGGCUGAUGGAGCCGCAUAAUGUUGGGAGCAGCUGAACGGUUGGACCCGCUUGUUGCUGAGAGCUGCUAGAGAUUCUGACUGCUAAGAGCUGGAAGCACUGGAUGAUGAUAGCUUGUGGAAACACUGUCGAGAGCUGGAGCCGCUGACAACCAACAGCUGAUCUAGCUAUGCGCGUGGGGGGCGCCACCGCUAAGAACAGCUGGAGCCGGACAGCCGCUGUUUGCUGGAGCUGCUGGAGCCUCACAGCCGCUAUUCACUGAGAGCUUCUGGAGCCGCUGAUUGCUGAGAGCCGCCCCAGCUGUGCAGUCUGCUGAAGCGGGGCAGCUGGAGGGCUCCGGAGCCGGCUGGAGUCGGCUGCUCCACCUGGUCCCCCGUUGAGUCACUGAUGACGCGAUGGGCCCGGGCGGAUACACUUGGCACGCGCCGGCUGGGCGGGCCACCGCCGUCUAUAAAGGUGUUGUCGGCCGGGGGAGGUGCACUCGAGUCACGGAGUCGUGAGAGUCCGCCGGCAGCAGCAGCUCUGCCCCUGAGGUCACCGAGGUCACCCGACAGUCACACACAGACACACACCAUGCCGCGCGUUGGGGCCGCUGGAAAGCGCGAUCCGCAGCUGGAGGCUGAUGUCAAGGAGUGGAUCGAGGCCGUCACCGGCGAGAAGUGGCCCGCUGGCGACUACGCCCACGUCCUCAAGGACGGCCAGGUGCUCUGCAAGCUGAUGAACAAGCUGAUGCCGGGAUCCAUCAGCAAGAUCAAUACCACCGGUGCCUCCUUCAAGAUGAUGGAGAACAUCAACAACUUCCAGAAGGCGAUGGUCAAGUACGGCUGCUCGGACGUCGACCUGUUCCAGACUGCUGACCUGUACGAGGGCAAGGACAUCGCCGCCGUCACCAACUCCAUCUUCGCCCUCGGCCGUCAGACCCACAUGCACCCGGAGUGGCCGGGCCCUUGGCUGGGCCCCAAGCCCGCAGAGUCCAACGUGCGGACAUUCGAUGAGGAGACGUUGGCCGCCGGCAAGGCGGUGAUUGGACUGCAGGCUGGCACCAACAAGGGAGCGACACAGGCCGGACAGAAUAUGGGAGCCGGCAGGAAGAUCAUCCUUGGAAAGUAGACGGCUUUCAGACCUACAUGCACCCGGAGUGGCCGGGCCCUUGGCUGGGCCCCAAGCCCGCCGAGUCCAACGUCCGCGAAUUCGACGAGGAGACCCUGGCCGCCGGCAAGGCGGUCAUCGGACUGCAGGCUGGCACCAACAAGGGGGCCACGCAGGCCGGCCAAAACAUUGGUGCCGGACGGAAGAUCAUCAUCGGAAAGUAGGGGGAGACGGCGAGACUGUCAUCUUCAUAACCACACAUCUGUGUCGUGUACAAUGCUUACUGCGAGGAGGAAUCGUGGCGGAAAGUGUGCCCACAAUAUGUCACUCACAUUGUAUUAUAUUAUUUUUAGUUCAGAAGCGAUGGGAUAUGAAAUGUCUCAGCGCAUUUAUAUACACUGUAUUACUGUUUGGAGAUGGUUGGGAUAUGGAAUACAGCUGAUGUGAUGCA